AUGCUGUGCCGUUUAACAAUAAUUUUAUGUCUUUUCGCUAUAUGCUAUGGUGAUACCAAUAUCAAAACCAAAUUUCAAUGGAUACCGUUUUUUGGAAAAACCACAACACAACCUCCAUCAACAACUUUAACAACAGUUGCAAAUCUUCAGAUGAAAUGUGUCUGUUCAUGUUGCUCUGGUCUGGGAUUCGAUAAUUCACAUCUUAACCAACAGGAUCCAGACUUUGACUUAGAUUCAUAUGAUAGUAGUGGUGAAGAAGAUGAAGAUACUACUGGAAAUUGCACAGAUAAUGAAGAUUUAACUGAGAAUGGCGAGGAUUAUGUAUCUAAGCAUGCUUUCAAUAUUAGUUCGACUAAAUUUCAAGAAAUGUGA